AUGCUCGUCACACCCCAUGCACAAUUCCCUCCCCCCCUGCCGCUGGAUGGACGCAGCAAUGAAAAAACGGACACCCGGAGGUCUCACGACACAGUGCGAAAUGCGUGGAACACUGUUUCCGCAAGACGCCCACGGUAUUAUUUAAAGCUGUGGCUCGCUUACAGAGCAACACCAACAAAGCCCACAAACAAAAGCCUGCGUGGUCGGGGCUGGGUUUUUUUCCCCCUUCUUCCGUUCAGUGACUUUGGCAAAGCAUGCUCCGAAGCUUACAAGCCACAGGUGUCCCCGAGCGCCCCUUGCCGGGACUCGCUCCCGGCUGGCGCCGCUCCGCGGGGCGGGCGGCACCGGGAAGGCCACUCGAGCCACGGGAACGGCGGCACCCGGCGCCCCAGGGCGGCCCGGGGAUCCCGGCACACGACGGAGCGCGGCUCCCGGCAAGAAAGCGGCUCCUCCGGCACGCAGGGGCAGCGCCGCGCCGGGAGACUUCCGACCGCUCCCCCCUGCCCGGCGGGGCCGGCACCGGGCCCGGGGACCCCGGCGGCGCCCGAGCCCCGCGCCCGGAGCGGACAGAACGGCCGGCACCGGCCGGCCCGCCGCAGCGCCCAUGCCGCCUCUCCCGCCCGCCGGCCCGGCAAAGCUCCGCUCGGCUCCGCACGGCUCGCACCGGCACUGCCGCGGCGGCCCGGCCGCGCCAAAUUCCCCGACCAACUCAGCGAGUGCCCCGGCGGUGCCAGGAGGGCUCCCGAGCGAGAACGUUCGGUGCCGGGCCACGGGCAGAAGAAGCGCCCUCAAAUGCAGCGGCACAGCCCGAUUGCGACCCUGCGAACGCUGCCAGAGCUGGAGGUUCCCGCAACUGAACCCCGGAACUGA